AUGAGGAUUGUGCCGAUGACAGCGAUGAUGAUGACGAUGCUGGCGCUGCUGGUGGGAUUGGCGAUGCUGCUUCUGAGCGGCAACGCGAUUGCUGAUGCAACUGGUACAGUUGUUGCUGGUCGUCCCACGUCAGCCAAUUGCACAGAGAACUUCUUUACGCAAAACAUCGACCACUUUAACUGGGCAAAGCCUCUCAACGACAAGUUCACGUAUCGCCAGCGCUACUUCAUCUGCGAUCAAUACGCAGACCUCAGCAACCCCAAGACCCCCAUUUUCUUCUACUUUGGCAACGAGGAUGACGUCACGCUGUAUGUGAACAACACUGGGCUGAUGUGGGAGAAUGCAGCCAGCUACAAGGCACUGCUGGUGUUUGCCGAGCACCGCUACUAUGGCAAAUCAAAGCCCUUCCCGGCUGGAACCCCCGGCUGCAUGAACUGGUUGACCACCGAACAGGCCAUGGCAGACUAUGCAACCCUGAUUCGCGACCUCAAACAGGACCUCAACCUUACACCGGCUCCAGUCAUCGGAUUUGGUGGCAGCUACGGUGGCAUGCUCGCCGCGUACUUUCGACGAAAGUACCCCGACAUUGUGGACGGCGUUAUUGCAGGAUCGGCGCCCAUCUGGGCCUUCUCAGGGCUGACGCCUGCGUACGACUACUACGGCUUCAACAACAUCAUCGCCGAUGACGCGUCGUCCAAGGGCGGCGCCAGCGACCACUGCCGCAACAACUUCAAGGCCAUCCAGCCCCGCAUCAUGGCCAUUGCUUCCACACAGCACGGCCGCCACAUGCUGUCGCAGCAGCUGCGGCUGUGCAAACCACUAGCAUCGGACCAGGACGCGUACAACAUCCUGCUGUGGGCGCAGAACGCCUGGGCAUACAUGGCCAUGGGCGACUUCCCCUAUGCGAGCGGGUACAUUGUGCACGGCCGGGGCAAGCUGCCACCCUACCCCGUACGGGAGGCGUGCAAGCCGCUGUCGGACCCACAGCUGCCGGCCAACGACACCAAGUUCAUAUCCGCCCUGCGCGAUGCGAUGGACGUGUACUACAACUACACGCACACUGAGCCAUGCUUCGACCUGUUCCCUGCCACGAGCAUCCCGCGCCUGGGCCACCACCCGCACCACCUCCUCAGCCGCCCACGUCCAGCAGCAGCGGUGGCAGCAGCGCAGUGCACGGGGGACUGGGGGUACCAGUUCUGUACGGAGAUGGUCAUGCCAAGCAGCCAGGGCGGCCCGAAGGACAUGUUCUGGCCAGCGCUGCCGUUCGACCUGAACGAGACGAUCAAGCAGUGCCAGCAGCAGUGGGGCGUCACCCCACGCCCGCUCUGGGCGCCACUCAACCUCGCAAGCAAGGACCUGACUGACGUGAGCAACAUGGUUCUGUCGAACGGCGGCCUCGACCCCUGGCGCGCGGGCGGCGUUGUCACCAACGUGUCUGACAGCGUGGUGGCGGUGGUGAUUGAGAGCGGUGCACACCACAUCGACCUCAUGUUCAGCGACCCGGCCGACCCGCCAGAUGUCAUUGCGGCUCGCAGGCUGGAGCUGCAGCACAUCUCCCGCUGGAUCAACCAGCACAACCAGCAGUAG